CCAUACUCCAGAUCUGCUUUAUGAUUUUUCUAAGCGCAGAUGCUCAAAAAUAAUAAUAUCUGUUGGCAGAACUUUUAAAUCAAAUUGUCUGAUGCGGAAGCAGGAACACUGAGAACCAAAUUCUUCCUUCUUCCUCCCUCCCUCCCUCCUUCCCUGUCUGUCUGUUGCACCGCCAUAUGGCAAACAACUUUCCCCAUUUGGAUUACAUCUCAAUCUUUUCCAGCCGCCUUUGGAUUGAGCUUUUAAAGAAAAAGAACAACGGUCACAGAUGGCAAAUGCCCCGCCCACUGUGGGAGGAGCUUAGCUGUUCGCAGCCCUCCUUUCCUACUUCCAAGACUCCAGCUGUACUCCUCUUUGGCUGCGGAGAUAUAAGAAGCAGAGGUCACCACCACGGAAGGGAGGCGGUGAAUGGGAGGGCGCUCAAAGGAGGAGAAGUGCAAAUCCUUUGGGGAAAAGAAAUCUGAGGUGGAGGAUAAUGUAGAAGACCCAGAAAUGGACGUCCGCCUUGUCCCCGUCGGACAACUAAGGAAACCUUGGAUGAGUUUGCUGCGUCAUUAUGAACACCGAUGCUUCAUCCGCUGCCUGGCUGGCUUGUACAGCUGUCAGUGGCAACGGGAUCGCCAGAACAGGAUCGAGCGGGGCCAGUGCUGCUGCUGCAGGAGGGAAUGCAUCUUUUUCCUCCUGGUGUGCCUGGCGUUCUGCCUUUGGUUCGUCUUUCUGUACCUGUGGGGAGAAACCAAGAAUGACUACCAUAAUUUUGACUGGUACAAUUAUGGGAACUUAGGCUUCUGGUUUCACUGGUCUGCCGUCUUCCUGAUCCUCGCUGCCGUCGUUUUCACCUAUCUCUUGUUAUUACUGAUUAUAGCGGUGUGUCUGAUAUCAGAGAGGCAGCGGUUGUAUCUGCACUGGAGUCACAAGAUCGCGACGGUGUUGGCCCUGGGCUUCUCCUGCUUUGCCUUUGCCAUGGUAACGCUUCUCUGGACCGCGCAGUGGAGCAUCUUCUACCUGUCCUUUCAGGUCACAGCUCCCUUCCUCCACAUGGUUGCCGUAUUCAUCAUGGUCCUCUUGGCGUGGCCAGUGGCUCUUCAUUUCUUCUGGACAGACAACAAAGUUCUGCAGGUAUUGAUUAUUUCCCCCUACUUGGCCAUCCUCCUCUGCCUUCUCUUCAUACCCCUGGGGUUCCAUUCUCCCUGUAUUAUGGAGAAGGGGGCGUUGGGUCCCAAGCCGCACCUGAUUGGCCACAGAGGAGCACCAAUGGUAGCUCCCGAAAAUACAGAGAUGUCGUUCAGAAAAACUGCCGCUUACGGUGCUAUCGGCUUUGAGACGGAUGUCAAAAUUAGCUUGGACGGCGUCCCCUUCCUCAUGCACGACAAGACGCUAGAAAGGACCACCAACAUUGAGGCUGUCAAUCGCACGUGGGCAAAGGCACUUGCUGACUACUUCCCCUGGAGCGAACUGGAGAAGCUGAACUCUGGAAAUUGGUUCUUUGAGAAGAGGCCGUUUUUCGAAAUGCCCCCGCUCUCGCCUGAGGAUGAAAAACUGGCAAGAAAGCAGAGAGUCUACAAGCUCAGCGAUCUCUUGAAACUUGCUUAUCAGGAGGACAAACUGGUCCUCUUCGAUCUUCAGUACCCUCCAGCGCAUCACCCUUACAGGGACACCUGGAUCGACAGAACCGUGGAGGUCAUCAAAAACGAAAUGGGGAACAAAUCUCACUUGGUCUUAUGGCUGGAACCAAAUCAUAGAUCCAUUGUCGAGAGCUUAGCUCCUGAAUUCCAGCAGACCUCGGGCGUGGCUUACCCAGUCGAGGUCCUCCAGUUGUCUCGCAUUUCCAGGCUCAACUUGGACUACAGAGAUUUGCGCUGGGUAGAUAUUCGGGAAUACGCGAAAGCCAACAUCUCAACCAACCUCUGGGUGGUCAGCGAGCCAUGGCUGUUCUCCUUGGCGUGGUGUUCUGGGGCCGAUUCCGUCACCACCAAUGCUGUCCACACCCUGGGGAACCUCCAGCGGCCUCUAUUCCUCUUGACACCCGGCGAGUAUCGGAGUAUGUGGAUAGCGACAGACGUCUUGGCGGUCCUCUUCAUCCUUCUCAUAUUCGCUUUUCACUGGUGGAGAGAGGUGGGCCACACCUCCUACGAAGCUCAAAGCAACGGGACCUUUGAUAAUGGUCCAUGCAGCACACCUGAGACAGAACUCGACAGGAUGCCAAUUGUGGCUUGAGGGUCUCGCAUGCCAGCUGUUUAGUGAAGAGAAUCCUCUAGACAGAAGAUUCUUUCUCAUCCAAGAGCUUUGCUCUCUAGGAAGCCUCACGGAUGAGGACACUCAUGGCACGGUGACUGGAAUUGUCGGGAAAUAAUGCCCGCCAGCGCUUGGAUUUGCACAGCUGACGUUACACGGUAGACCAGCAAUUCCCCAUCUUUCUCCCUUUCUUCCCUUUCUUCUUUGGAGCGGCAAAAAGGCGCCCAUCUUUCCCCCUUUUGGUUGGGUGUUUCUAGUGAAAAUCCAGGGCCUUUCUUUGCCCGUGUGGGUUCCUGCUGCAAGGUGCCACAAAAGUAGGGCUGUGCUGGCUCAGUGGAGAGGGGUCUGCAGCCGGUCUUUCCCCCAUAAUGCCCCCUGCUGCAAACCUAAUCAUUACUUUAACUUUUUUCUAUAUAUAAGAAAGAUGAGUUUCUUCAGAAAUAAAGGAAGUGAAUUCCA